AUGGAUAAGGUAGUAAACAUUACAGUUUUUGAUAGAGAAGGAAAGGUCCACCAAGUUCCGGCCUAUGUUGGAGAAACUUUAAUGGAUUCAAUUAGAAGAGCUGGUAUUAACCUUGUUCCUGAUUCAACUUGUCUUGGAGAAUGUGCUUGUGUUGGAUGUCAUGUUAUUGUUUCUAACGAUCAUGAACACAAGUUAACACAAUGUAGUGAAGAUGAAGCCGAAAUUCUGGAGGAUGCCCCAUUCGUUCAUGAAAAUUCUAGAUUAGCCUGCCAAAUUAUUGUUGACAAGAGUAUUGCAGGACUUGUUUUGGCUCUUCCUCAAUCCAGUACUGAUGAAUCAUUGGAUCCAUAUUUUAGAUUCUAAAUUAUUAUUAUUUUGGACUUUUUUAAUUAUUAAAAUUAUUAUUUAAAUAUAA